AAGAUGGGCCGGGAGGAGCUCAAAUUGAAGACGAGGCGAGGAGUCUGAAUGAAGUGAAGGUACGAGAAGCCUUUUUUCUCUCUCCAAACCGCCUUCUUGGUUACAUUCAAACUCGCACAGUCUCACUCCUCUCUGUCUCUUUCAAUAACAUCUAAUGGUAACGCGAACUUUUUAAGUUUCUAUACACACUCACUCACUUACUGUCAAAACCGCUGUCGGUUCAUAGAAGCAAAACAAGACCUUCAAGAUCAAGAUCCAAUUGCCCUCUUCAUGUCUCUCGACGAAUGGCAAGACUCCGACCCCGACCAAUUCUCCCAAUCCUCCAACGACACCUACUUGCUGGGCUUCGUUAUCGCUAACAUUGUUGGUCUCCAGUACUACUCUGGUACUAUCAGCGGCCGUGAAAUGGUGGGUCUGGUUCGCCAACCCUUAAACCCUUAUGACUGCAACGCCAUCAAAGUCGUCAAUACAAGAACCCUUCAAGUGGGUCACAUUGAACGCUCAGUCGCUUCUGUUCUAUCGCCGUUAAUCGAUGCUGGGAUGAUUCAUGUUGAAGGUAUUGUUCCUAAUUCUCGUGGCGGUACUGGUAAUAGGUACAGAAUUCCUUGUCAAGUUCAUAUUUUUGCAGGAUUAGAUUUGUUUGAUGUUGUUAAGGAUGAGAUUUCUCGAGGUGGGUUACAGUUAAUUUGUGAUAACGAUGUGUCAUUCGGGUUGUCGGAGGCGGUGGUGGUGAAGGAGAAGAUGGAUGUGAAGUAUGUAAAGAGCGUGGAUGAGAUAUUUAAGUUGGUUGAUAAGAAUGUCAAAAAGAAGGCCAAAAUGGGGGCUAUGGAUCCGCCAAAGGAGGUUAUAAAGUCUGAGCUUUUUGUGCACCAAAAGGAAGGUUUGGGGUGGAUGGUUAAUAGGGAGAAUUCUGAGGACUUGCCGCCUUUUUGGGAAGAGAAAAAUGGGAAAUUUUUAAAUGUAUUGACCAAUUAUUGUACUGAUAUUCGGCCUGAGCCUUUGCGUGGUGGGAUUCUUGCUGAUGAUAUGGGAUUGGGUAAGACUCUCACUUUGCUUUCUUUGAUUGCUUUUGAUAAAUGUAAUGGUGGUGUUAGUUGCUCAGUAGAUUCUAAUAGUUUAGAUAUAAAUGAAGUUGACGAAGUUGGUGAGGAGGGUAAGGAGUCAUGUGCUUCAAGUGGUAAGAAACGUAAGAGUGGUCGAGUGAGUAAAAGGGGUACAGGAAGGGGAAAAAAGCGUAAAUCGGAGAACAAAUCUAUUGAUGGUGAUGUUAAAAGGAAGUCUCUGAGUUUCUUUGAUAAGUCUUCUACAGUUUUGUGUAAAAAGAUGACAUUAGUUGUGUGCCCUCCUUCCGUGUUUUCAACCUGGAUAACACAGCUAGAAGAGCACACCAUCCCUGGAAAGCUGAAGACUUAUAUGUACUAUGGGGAUAGAACUAAAGACAUUGAGGAGCUAAAGAAGUAUGAUGUAGUGUUGACAACUUAUAGUACUCUGGCUACUGAAGAUUCUUGGUCUGAUUCCCCUGUGAAGAAGAUUGAGUGGUGGCGAGUUAUUUUGGACGAGGCCCACUUCAUUAAGAAUGCAAAUGCUCAACAAAGCCAAGCAGUAACUAAUUUGAAUGCUAAGAGGAGGUGGGCUGUUACAGGUACACCUAUCCAGAAUGGCUCAGCUGAUUUGUUUUCAUUAAUGGCUUUUCUUCGGUUUGAGCCAUUUACUAUUAAGAGCUAUUGGCAAAGAUUAGUACAACGUCCUCUUACUCAGGGUAGUAAGGAGGGGCUCUCACGUCUUCAGGUUCUAAUGUCGACUAUCUCUUUAAGGAGAACAAAAGACAAGGGUUUGAUUGGAUUGCCACCAAAAACUGUUGAAACGUGUUAUAUUGAACUUUCUGGGGAAGAACGUGAAUUGUAUGAUGAGAUGGAAAGAAUGGCCAAGGGUGUUGUCCAGGAGUAUAUAAGGGCUGGUAGUUUAAUACGCAACUAUUCAACUGUUCUUAGUAUAGUUUUACGACUUCGUCAGAUCUGUACAAACUUGGCUUUGUGCCCAUCAGAUGUGAGAUCAUUACUUCCUUCCAACAAUAUUGAAGAUGUAUCCGACAACCCAGACUUGCUGAAAAAGCUGGUUGCAGUGCUACAAGAUGGUGAAGAUUUUGAUUGUCCAAUCUGCAUCUCUCCUCCAACCGAUAUUGUAAUUACAUGUUGUGCUCACAUCUUUUGCCGAUCCUGCAUCCUGAAAACCAUACAGCGCACAAAACCCUGCUGCCCUCUUUGUCGCCAUCCUUUAUCGCAAUCUGACCUUUUCUCAUCACCCCCAGAAUCAUCUGACUCUGACAACACUUAUAAUUCUUCUUCUAGAAAUUCCACCUCUUCAAAAGUCUCUACUCUAUUAAAGCUACUACUUGAACUAAAGAACCAAAACCCUUCUAUAAAAUCAGUUGUGUUUUCACAGUUCCGUAAGAUGUUGAUAUUACUUGAAGAGCCAUUAAAAGCAGCUGGUUUCAAGUUCCUACGCCUAGAUGGUUCAAUGAAUGCAAGAAAGAGAGCUGAAGUAAUUGAGGAGUUUCAAAUUCAAGGAACAGGUGGACCAACUGUUUUACUUGCAAGUCUGAAAGCUUCAGGUGCAGGCAUCAACCUUACAGCCGCAUCUCGAGUCUUCUUGUUGGAGCCAUGGUGGAACCCAGCUGUUGAAGAACAAGCUAUGGACAGGAUCCACCGUAUAGGUCAGAAGGAAGAGGUGAAAAUUGUGAGGCUGAUUGCUGGAAGCAGUAUUGAAGAGAGGAUAUUAGAGCUGCAGGAGAGGAAGAAGAAACUGGCGAGGGAAGCUUUUAGAAGAACAAGAAAGGAUCAAAAGGAUGUCAGCAUAGAUGAUUUACGCAUCCUCAUGUCAUUGUAGGUCAUUCAUAUCAUCGUGUACGUGGUAUAGUGCAUAGUAUAUCUGGUAUAAUGUAUUGUCUGAGACUUUAUAACAGUUUUAACUAACUUUUGUGGUAAAGAGAAGGGUAUGCAUGAUGCAUCCACAAAUUUUGUAAAGACAGCUAAGAUGGGUAAAGGAAGAAAUAUUUGCAGGAUUUUUUUGGUUUUUA